CUUGCCGGGAACCAAUUUAUGUAAAACACGUUCGGACACGCAUUUUCCACUCAAGAUUACACGCGAUAACUGCGAAAAAGGAAGAAAAACCAUGAGAUUUUUAUUUAACUAGUUUGAUAGUACCUAAGUUCGUGGAUGGUGUAGGUUCGUGGCUUCCCCAUUACAUAUGACGUCACACUCCAGCUUUGGGGUACGCAUGCACUUGCCAACAGAAAAUCCGGAAGUAAACACUAACUUCUGUCAAACACCAAAAAAAGUCAAAAUAAGAGGUUUUAACAGAUACAGAAAAGUUCAAGUUCUAUAACUGCAGUACCAAUGGAGGGUCAAGGUGAAAGUGAAGAAAAAGGCUCCACACACUGCCUCAUUGAGGAAGAAUAUACAAUUGCAGUUCCUUUGGUACGGCCGAAAGCUGCAUUCCUAGAACUGUUGAAACAGGCUGGGGCCACACAUGAAGUCUUCACAAGGAAAGAAAUCCUCAGGUACUUGAAAGCAUAUAUAGUCUCUAAACAGAUGUUUGAUUUUGAAAAUCCAAGUAUUGUGCACUGUGAAGGUGAUCUGCUGGGAGAGGUGUUUGGUGUCACACAAUUCACAAUCAAUGAUGUCUUGAACCUGCUAGCAGAAAACUGCAUUCAGCUGCCAGAUACACAUUUACAGAGAAAGCGCCAUCUGGUGUCCAAACCGUCCAUCAACUCAAGUACCGUACCUACCUCAAACUCCAACCCUGAUUGCCAGGCAGCUACUCUAACCUCAUCGCCUGUCAUUACCAGUACGUCCUCAGUAAAUGCCCAUAGCAGACAAUUAAAUCUACCUCAUACCAAAAGUAGAAAGUCCUCUUCGUCCAGCUGUGGUGGUAGUAAAGUUGAUAGCACUGAAAAUGCAACUGAAAAGGCAACUGAUAAAGAUGCAACUAAAGAUGCAACUUGUAAAUAUGCAGCUGAUGGUGCAACUGAUAAGAAUGCUGCUACUGAUAAGAAUGCUACUGAAAAUGCAACUGAUAAAAAUGCAAAAUGUUCAGAUGGAAAUCUGCUGUCACUUGCAAAAAAACAUUCUCACAGCCAGGGUAAUAUAGGUGAAACGUCACAUAAUCAGAUAAUUGAACCACAAGGUCAGGGUUUGUCUGAUCAGAAUAAGGAGUCAACAGAUGAGAGUUCUGUCAGCCAUUCAAGAAGGAAAAGAAAAAACACAAACAGUCCAGGUGAAGCUUCGGAUCGGAAACGUCACUUUACCGAACCAGGUCCCAUACCAACAACGGGUGAGCCAUCAAGAAAACGUGGAACAUCUUUAAGUAUCACAUACGGGGAUGAUUGUGACAAAGACGGGUAUCCUUGGUACUUUCAGGUUGAACUGGGAGACGGAAGUGAUAAUGAAAGAAGUGAAAUACUAAGUGUUCAGGGAAAGGAAACUGUUAUAGUUCAGGAUUCUACAGAUGAUCUCUGGUUCCUGGAGGAAGAUUCUAUAGCUGUUGAGGUACCGUCAGACACAGAGUUCAGUAUAGAGUAUGACGUAGAGUCGGAUAUCUCCCAACCAACUGAAUCUGAUCUCAGUUCUGUAAGAUCAGGAGAGAGUUUCCUAGUUGUAUGUAAAGAGAGUGAUGUGGAGUUCUUUGCUGACUGCAGUGACUCUGAUAACGAUGGUGAUAAAGAACUUACAGAGGCUGACAAUUGGGUUUGUACAGAAUGUAACCAGUCUAAUCCACCAGUACAGAGGUAUUGUGGGAGGUGUUGGAAACUGCGGACAGACUGGUUACGCUCACAACAUGGAUCAGACGACAGACACAUAGAUAAAUUUGACAGAGCCACAUCAAUGAAAGAAAAAGACAAAAGUCUUUGUAAAAGUGCUUCUGAAAUCUGUGAAGAAGGAGGUAGAACUAUAAAUGAUACGUUGACGAAAGAACUUGCGGAACCUCGAUAUUGUUUUUCCAAUAUGCAGCUGAAACAAAGCGAGAGUAGUUAUAACACAAAUGACAAUGAGAGUGCAAAUCCCAAAGUUACAAAAGCCCCUAGUGUUGCAUUGGAAGAUCCUUGCAUAAUUUGUUUGACACGCCCGAAGACGGCUAGUCUUAUUCACGGUACAUCUGGCCAUCAAGUUUGUUGUUUUUCUUGCGGUAAACGUUUGAAGAGACGAGGAAAAUUGUGCCCAGUGUGUAGAAGACCAAUACAAAAAGUUGUCAGAAAUUACAUUUUGUAGUUCUUAUCGCCAGUUCUAAGUUUCAUCACAUUUUUGUCUUCAAGGCACUUUUUAUCCACUGCCAAACUUUCAUGUUAUAAAGUUUACUGCUAAACUUUUCCAUGUUACUUAUAAAGUGCUAUUUAUUUCAUAUAUGAUCUCCUUUUUAUUAGGGCUGUAUUGUAGAAAACCAUCAUAAGCAAUUGCUCUUUAAGCAGAGCAGUUUUGACAGUUUUCAAAUAAGUCGACAAUAUAGUACGAGGGGUGUUCAAUAAAUACCCGGAAAAGUGCUCUCAUUUCUUUAUUUCUGGUCUCAUUUUGCUAAAAUUUGAAAAUAUGACGGAUAUGAACAUACUGAAUGCAAAUACCUAAAUUACAAAUUUCAGAACAUGCACAAUAUUUAUUUGUCGUCUCCUAGGCAACGCCAUCACCUCAAAAGCGGCCCAACGUCAUUAUGAUGCUGUCAUAUCACACUCAAUUAAUCAAUUCAACUCGUGAUUACCAUUGAUUCAAUGUUCAUCACCAUUAAAUGCCUUUUUACCUCUUCCUAAGAAUAAAUUAAUACUGUUCAUAUGAUGUUCCUGUCGUAUUGAAGAAACUCGACACUGAACUGAUGCCCUAUCAAGGAGCUCUUUAAUUUAUUAAAUGUGACUAAGCUUUAUUUUUCAUGUCUGAAACACAAGUCGUCAGCAAUAUUCUCCUGGCCACUUUUAAACGUCACAUCCCACGAAUAAAAUUUUGUUUUCUUCAGGGCAUUGUCCCUUAGACCGUUUUCAGCAUAGCAUUUGUCUCUUUCCUUGAUUUUCGAUUCAGAACACAAAAUGUUAUCUCACAUCUCCGUUCAACACUGAUUUUCAAGCGACGACCAACUCAAUAUGCCUGCCAAAUAUUUUAAUAAUCUCACAUUUAUGAUUUGAUGUUAUUGGUGUAACGCUUACUUUUCAUAUCAAUAUUCACCCAAUUUCAGAAAAGGUAGCUUGAAAAAUAGGUAAGUGGCAAGUAAUGUUUUAGCGCAUGUAAAAUAAGAGACAAAAUUGGGCCGGAGGACGUCACAUGACGUUGCCAUGGGGACUAGCAUUUACUUAUUGUUUAUCCAAAGACAAUCUAAUUUUGACGAAUCAACUAUGUAUUCCCUAGUCUACAUUUUAUAGCAUUUUCAUUUAUUUUUGAUGAUACAUGAAAAAUUGAGAGCACUUUUCCAGGUAUUUAUUGAACGCCCCUCGUAUAUUUACAUCCUUUGUGUCUAAUCAAUUUUGAUCACCAAAGAAGGCAGUAGUUGCUUUCAAAUACCAUUGCAGUUAAAAAAAAACAGAGGAUACUAGAGCUCCAGAUAAGCUACAUAAUUUUAAAUUUGAGAAAAAAUGCAUUAGAAGUCACACAGACAUAUACAUGUACUAAACAGAGGAUACUAGAGCUCCAAAGAGCUCCAGAUAAGCUACAUAAUUUUAAAUUUGAGAAAAAAUGCAUUAGAAGUCACACAGACAUAUACAUGUACUAAACAGAGGAUACUAGAGCUCCAGAUAAGCUACAUACUUUUAAAUUUGAGGAAAAAUGCAUUAGAAGUCACACAGACAUAUACAUGUACUGGAUCUGCAUUUUAUACUCCUUUAUAACAAGAAAAAUAAAAUAAAUGGAGAGGUGGUCUAGUGGGUAAGGUGUUGGCCAGUCAUCUUGAAGGUAUUGGGUUUGAGCCCUAUUGGGUGAUGGCUAUGCCUUCUCAUAUGACACCACUUCUGGGGUUUCCAGGAAGCGGAAUCUAAAGUGAUUCAAAUAAGCUUAAAGAUUUCAUCACAAAAUUAAGCUAAACUUCAUAAGUAUAAACUUAAAAAGUUGUUUCUGUCAUUUAUUUGAAAAAUACUUAAUGAUAAAUUUGAAUGCCAAAUAUGUUCAAGAGUUAUAUUAUGUCUGUUAAACAAAUUAUUUAAGACUUCUGGAACUUGGCCCUUUAGCUCAUAAUAUGUUUAGAUUUUUAUACGCCUGAAGGGAUGUAUUAUGCUAUGACGCUGGUGUCCGUUUUGUGUCGAAUCGCCAUAAAACCCAACUCAAUCACCCCAUCUUUCAUUGUCUGUUAGCAAUUUCAUGUCCGCUCUGUAACUCUUGAACCCCUUGAAGGAUUUCGAAGAAACUUGACAUAAAUGUUCGACACCACAAGACGACAUGCAGAGCGCAUGUUUUGGAUGGCUCGCCUCAAGGUCACACUUGGGGGUCAAAGGUCAUACCUUAGGGCGUAUAUUGCUCCGCAUUGCGGUGCUCUUGUUUUUUAUUUGAUGAUGUAUACAGAUAGAACUUAACAAACUCUUUUUAAUGCAAUUUGUUCAUUUCAUGUAAUUGACAUUCUUCUUAACAUCCUGUACCAAUUAAUCAGUGUUUUAGUAUCUCUGCAUGUAAAAGCAUUCAGUAUUGAUAAUUUGUUCAAAGAUAGCUAAUACUACAAGGUAGAGGGGUGCCUUCUCCACAAUGGAAGUAUCUCCGUCUUGAAACACAAAACCAAGAGGAAUUCCUAUUUCUCUCAGAAUGUAGCAUACUGUUGAACAGUCGAAAAAAUUCUGCACCAACAAUAUUGCCUAAAAAUUCCUUCCUCAAUAUUUGGAUAUUUGAAAUUGCGGCAUUACCAAAAUGGGUCAUUUCAUGUACAUUUUAUGCCAAAGUUGCGUAGCUGAAGAAGUGUUCCAUUUUUCCAGGCUUUCAAUUUAUGCUUGUCAAAAUUGCCAUAUUGUUAUUUAUGCAUAGCAAAAGUAUAGACGAGCAAUUUAUAUAAGGAAUGCUUUAUUAUAUAGGGAAUGCUUUAUUAAAUGAUAUUAGCUUUGCAUAAACUCACUCUUAAACAUUAAACUCCUGCUGAGGAACUUGUGCGUAUUUCCUAAUACUAAUCUGGUACCGCACAAAUAGAAUUGCAUACUUUUCACUAGGUUACAGUUCACCAUUGCUGUGCUUGUGCGUGUAUACUUAAGGAGUAAAAUUGUCACUAACGUCUCAUUUCUUUCUUGUUUGAAAUAUUCAUAGCCAAAAUAGGCAUAGAUAUAUGUAAGGAAAGGUAUUUAUGAAGCUGUCAUCAUUUUCAAAGAUAUUGAUAAAGCUGAUAUUUGUUUUCGCUUUGUACCAUAUAUGGAAAUCUUUUGUGUUGAACUUCUUUGAAACAUUUACAGAACAUUUGCUAGGAUCUUGAUUUAUGUGAAAAUGGAAAAAAGAAAAACUAAAUGCUGUUAUAUUUCCAUGAGGUAUAACAUUUUGCACUUACUAUUUUACUCACCUCUCGUUAUCAAACUCAUAUUUUGGAAGCAUGUGUGCUUGAAAGACUUUUUUUUUGUAAAAUACUGUAAAAUCAGAAAUUUUCAUGAGGGAUUUAUUUUACUACAUUCAAACUCGGAUAGUUUUUGCAAAAAUAACUAGUUGCGGAAGUGCUUACAGUUGUACCAGAUGUCAUAAAUAUUGCAUAAGCUGACUUCAUAUCCAAAGUCCCCCCCUCCCCCACGCAUACGAUCAAUUCAAAUUUCAAAAGUGGCAAAUUUUUAGCUUUGCAGAAAUAUCUGAUUUUACAGUAAAUUAUUUCUACAUAAAUUGAGCCGCACCAUGAGAAAACCAACAUAGUGCGUUUGCGACCAGCAUGGAUCCAGACCAGCCUGCGUAUCCGCGCAGUCUGGUCAGGAUCCGUGCUGUUCGCUUUCAAAGCCUAUUGCAAUUAGAGAAACUGUUAGCGAACAGCAUGGAUCCUGACCAGAUCCGCAGGCUGGUCUGGAUCCAUGCUGGUCGCAAAUGCACUGUUUGUUUUCUCAUGGUGCGGCUCAUUUGUAUAACUUCCAAUGGCAGCUUUAUCAUUCUUCUCAAAAUGUAGUAUUUUAUUCUUGGCAUACCGUAAGCAUUUGUGGUUGGCAUUUUGUUUUAUUUAUAGAAUAUUUACCAGAAGUGUUCAAGGGUUAAGACUGUUUAAACAUUUGAUGUGUUCCAUUUAUCUCAAAAUUAAUGGUCACAUCUUGAUCUGAUUUGUCUUAUUUUGUUAAAAUAUUAUUUAAAUAAAACAUUGUAUUUAUA